CCACCGAGUCCGCAGCAGACAGGAGCCUACUGCACUGUGAAGGUGUUAACAACCAGAGCUACAUCUGUGAGUCUGGACACUGCUGCGGGGAGUCUCAGUGCUGCAGCUACUACUAUGAGCUCUGGUGUAAGUAUCCUGCCUCCACAAUCCUCAAUAUUGCUAGCCCCCACAGUUCCUUGGGUGCGACUUCCGGACCUUCGUUUCGUUGAACCGGUAUCUGCUAGAAUUAGCGGUAUGCUACAGUUUUGUUCCAUUUUUCUCAGAGGUUUUUGAAAUAGAUGAUCCUGGAAAGCAACUUGUCCUACCUUUUUAAAACGGGUUAAUGUUGUCAUUUCCUCUACUAUCGAGAGAUGGGAGGAGAACCUGAAGUGUCCACGGAUAACGUACAAGUAGUAUAUUUUAGCUGCUUCAUUCUGUUGCUAUAGAUGGCAAAGUAUUGAACAAUCUGAAAAGCUCAGAGGCUUAUCAGUAGUUAUGUAGCAAACAAAUAUUGAAGGAGGUGGGACACAGUUGUGUCUGUCUAAAAGUAGACAAGGAGCCAAGUCAAAGCCUCAAAGUCUCUCAUCACCAGGCAGGGGUUUUAGUUUCCCUUCUGUCCUCAGACAACUAUUGCAGGAUCGGAAUGGACUUGCAAAAAAACAUCUGCAAAACUGUGAAGGGUGAAAAAACAGUGUCUCUUCUGAUAACUUGUUUAUUUCGGUUUCAUAUUGCAUAUUACAUACAGCCGCGGAGUGCAGAAGUGGUAAUGUAGGUUGAGUACAUUUGUACAGGGAAAGGCAGAGAGAUCAUGUACAGAUGUGCAGAGGAAAUGGAAUGCAGGCACAAGGAAGAAUAUAGAGCUGAAAAAGGUGAAGCACGUAAAUGUCAAACACUGUGGUCAAACAUCAUAAACCAGGCUCAUCAAAGCCAACACCUGAUCGCAUAAGCUCAACCCCAAAACCUUUCAAGGAUCACACACAUUUUAAAAGUUAUCUCAGUUUUCUGCAAUGGCCCCACAGGCUGCUGACAGCUGUGUUACUGAUCAUAUGAAGAAGACAGCGAGUCCUGUCAGAGCCAGGUGUAAUCAACAGGUACCCCAUACAGAACAUGGCACAACACUAACAUUAAGAAGUGUCUUUCUCUUUAUGAAUAAACACUUGCACCCCGACUUCACUGGCAACACUGCAACUAAAUAUGGAAAAUGUGGACAAAGCUGCGCAACUCCUGGAGGUUCAAGGGCACACUGUGGAGAGGAGAGGCCGGAUGGCGUGACCUGACCGUCCCUGGUUUGAAGCCAGCCCAGAUGGAAUUUUGGACUCAACACGGCUCCUUGACAUUAAGUGUCCCUCAAGUGUGCCAUGUCACUUCUUGGGCAGCCAAAUUGAGAGAUCAGACGCUCAAGUGAUGGGCAGUAUGUCAGAUUUUCCAGUGGGCAGAGUGGGAUGUUCCUUCCAGGGUUUUGGUUGGUUUGGGCGAUCAUCUUCAUUUUGAGCUGCUGCUGUGUGUGUCACCAUCGGCGCACAAAACACCGGCUGCAGCAGCAACAACGGCAGCACGAGAUCAACCUCAUUGCUUACCGCGAAGCACACAACUACCCCUCCCUGCCCUUCUACUUCAGGUUUCUGCCAAACUACCUCCUGCCUGACUAUGAAGAGGUGGUCAACCGGCCACCGACUCCUCCCCCUCCCUACAGUGCCUUACACACAGGCCCAUCCCCCGUGGCUUCUAGUCCACUGGCUCCUGAGCAGCAGGACGGACACUGUCCAACUAUCCAGCCCACUCCGGUGACCCCGGUCUCCGACGGUCUGUGUUGCAGGCCCACCAUAGAGGAACCACAGGCCCCCACCUUAGACUUCAGACCAAAGCCUGACAAGUCCAUGCAGACAGCACAGGAUUCAGGCAUGAUACUGCUGUCAGAUGGGCUCAAUAGGGAGGGACUUAAUUGCCAGGAGAAAAGGAGUGGAGGUGGGGUCGACUCCUGCAAGGACGCACUGCUGAAGGACCUGUCAGAGGGUUGUGCUGAGGACAAAGAUCGACUCCCCAAUGGAAGGAGGAGGCGAUUCACUGGGGACUCUGGGAUUGAGGUGUGUGUAUGCGGCACACGUGGGAGCAGCGGUUUAAGUGGAGCUGGAGGGACAGGCCAGGAAGGCCAGGAGUUGAGGGAGCUAGAGAGCCUGCUGGGGUGCGAGGGACAUGACGAGGAGGAGGAGGAGGGGGAGGAGGCAGACGACUUCUGUGACAGCUGCGGUCAUCGAGCCUCCUUCAGUGUAGAGGAGGAGCAGGCGCUGGGCGGGCCGGAGAGGCGGGUCGUGCGGGGGCCAUCAGGACCUCCUCAGCCGGCUCACCAGAUAGGAAGCGCUUCGCUUCUCCCUCCAGUGUGCCUCCUCCUCCACACCAUCAACGAGCAGGAGGGGCCGCACCACAGCACCAGCAAUGAACCGCAGGGCUGAAACACAGUUGACACACCUUUGUGUCAUAGAGGGAAGGAGAGAGCACUUGAGACAGAGCGUAGAGGCAUAAGCUUUUGCAUUUGAGCAAGUGUUUUAUGUCUAAAUGCUUCCUAAGUGAGUAUUUUUAUGAAUGUGUGCAUCUUAGAUAAAACAGGUGGGGAGCAGGAUGUAGAAUCUCAACUAAAAACCACUGAGAUCCAAAGGUUGAGAAAGCCUACUCCUCCCCACACUGGAACAGUGGCCUUAACCUGUGUAUCUGGGGUUAUAUUUGGGCAGCACAAGCCCUUUAACAGCCUCUGGCAAUUGAGACUUCUCUCUCUCUCUCACACACACACACACACACACACACACACACACACACAGAGUUGUCCUUCUCACACAACGAAAGCUACCGAUACACAGUCACAGACUGUCGCUGUGACGUCAGGAUAGGACAAUCACUGCCCAGGAUUAAUGCAGCUCUCCUCACCAGGUGCUUGCAACAGUUCUGCAAAGCUGUCUCUGCAGGCAGGAAACGUAAAAAUUGUGGAUUGAGUGCAGUGUGGGAUUACCACUGUGUGCGCUUAUGCAAACUGAUACAGUACAGGGACACUAGAACAAGGCCGUGUGGGAUGUGCCGUUAGAAUUGUGCUUCGAAAGUGCUUUUUCAGCGAUUUAAAAACCGCUCUGCCUUGUGCUGUCUGUUGCUCUUUAUCUGCCCGGCUAGUGUUAGAGAGGUUCAUUAACAAAUUUUUAUGUGAGCAGUUCCUAUUUUGCACAAAACAUAUUUAUCUUUAUAAAUGAAGCUUUCAGCUAAAAAAAUCUUAACAGAAAAUGCUUUCAUUAAUUUAGUCUUAAAUUGCCUUACAUGAUUAGUCUGUAAGAAAUGGACCUCUGAGAAUUGUUAGUAGGGAAUGCAACAGAUUCACUUUAUACACAAUAAUUUUUAAAAAUGUAUUCCUUGAAUGUUUGCAGUACGUGCCUAACCCCCCCAAAAAUGCAGAAUUGUGAUGAACAACAAGCUUUAGUGAAACUGAGAAAAGAACCAAGAAAAGAAUAGUAAGCUUCUUAGAGAUUACAGAUGGGCAACAUCCGACCUCAAACUUUUACGUCAGUCACAUCUAUAGAUUACCACCUUCACCAGCUAUACAGUAUAAAAACAUAUGCAUUUACACUCUUUGUAUUGGAUUUUCAUAUUAGCACAAUUUUACCAUGCUUUAGCCGUGGUAUUCAUUAACCAAACUUUUCACAACAGCCUCUUGAAGGGUCCAUUAUGGCUGAUUUAAGUCAUCUGGACUAGUGUGAUUUUCACCAAAAUAUGGUUUGUUAACUUAUUUUUGUCUUCUGUAUUUGUGAUUUUCAAUCUGAGAGAUGAAAUGCUCCUUUUUAGGUCGAAAAAACACGUUUUAGUGUAUUGGGAUUUAAUCAUUUGAGGGAUAUUCAUCCAUUACUCAACUUUAUGUGAAGGUGAUCCUAUAAUGGCCAUUGUUGAGGAGCAAACGGCCAGUGUGCACACCAACAGAAGUAUUUAACCCAACAGGACAAUUUAAGACUAAAAUUUCAUGUACAGUUGUGGCCUGCUGAGUGGAAAAAUCCCUCUUUUGGAAUGACAGCUAGAUAAAAAAUAAACUAAAACAACAGAAGCAAAGACCAAGAAACAGAUAUGGUAAUAAAAUAACAAUUUGAUUGUUGUCUUUUGUUAUUCUUCAUAUCUAAAUAUGUCUAUUAUAAACAAGAGUUUGCACAACACGAUAUUUCUGACAGGCAUGUGUUUUUUUAUGAUGGACAAACAGUACAAGUUAACAAGCAACAUGUAUAACGCAGCACUGCAGAUGUAAAACAAAGACCACACAAAAACAGACUUGGAGCAUUAAUAAGUUAUCAGUUCCAUUAAUGUAUCUUCUUUGGAAGACUCUGAAAUGCCUUUAAGAUCCUGAAUGUUUUAAACCUAACCAAAUCUUACGGGAGCUGUAACACACUAGAUGUUGAUUUGAUGAUUAAUGAACACACAUUAAUGUAAAACAAAUUGAGCUAAGUAAAAUAUUUUCCCCUCUGAAAUGAACUGGAACUGGUGACACUACAGACUUUCCUUGGAGCACCCUCAAAAAGGCACAAAUUGCAAUGUCUGUCAAGCACAAAUGUUGCAGCCAUAUACCCUAAAACAAUCUAGCAGUGGAUCCCAGAAUGUCUAGCAUAUGUUCAAUUGUAAGACGAACUUUCUGUAUUAACAGUAAGAUGACUUAGUUGUACCCAUCAAUGCCUGAACACACUCUAAAGUGCUUUACAGUAUAUGUUCAUGCUUUUUGUGAGUUAGAAAAUAAUGUUGUGUAAUUGUGGUACAUGUAUUACCAAGAUGAGCUAUUUUCAGCUGAAUCCUUUAAACAAUUAUUGGAACUGUAUAAAAUUUCAGAACCACUUUUAAUAUUCUGUAACAUGUUUGUGAACCAAAUAUUAGCUUUCGUAAUUUAUGAAAUCAUUAGUUUUAUAGUUAUGGACAGAUUUUUCUCUCAUUGUGUAGGUAUUAUUUUUUCUGUUAAAGAAAGAUAUAACUUCUUUUGAGACUUAAUCCUGAGGUUGUGCAAAGGGUACGUUUGACUAACAACACAGUAGAUGAGUUAACAAUUUCAGGGGCAUCUUGCCAAAGACACGUUUUCUUUCCUCACCAGUGUGUGUGUGUAAGGUGGUUUUGCACAUAUUCUUUGAAUGUUCUGAUCAUAAGCCAUUUACUACAACAACCAUGAUGGGUGUAUGUUCAAUAAACAUACGAUUUUAAAUUCAA